UGCACUUUCCAUCCUGCGUUUCAAUGCCUUUCUUUCUGCCGUUGACGUCCGGCCUUCUGGCUUGCGCUACCUUAUACCACCUCAUCAGUUCUCGUAUUGAGGAAGAUACCCGAUAUGCACGGACUUCAUUUCGACAAAUGCAGCGGACAGUCGAGGAGAACCUGCCGGUAGAAAUUCAAGACCAGUCACUUUUUGUCCCGUCCUCCUUGUCUCCCCGCGCUCCAUCUCCUUACGCACUCGUCUACCAACGUAACCCCGACUCAAAUGUUUCCUUCUUUGGAAAGGCGAUAAGUGUACCAGACUGGCGACGAAAGUCAUCGGAAGCUAAGGAGAAUUGGAAUAGACAAAUUAGAGCAUUGGCAGAAAAGUGCACGGGCCAGUUCUGAGGUGUAGUAAAUUGCGGCACGGCAGGCAGUAGGCAGACGACGUCAUGACUGUUGAGCGACACUACCAUCCGGUAUAGCCAUGCUCGAAGUCGGCAUUGCUGAUUAUCUUUAUCCUUAUAUUCAAAUAAAUAGCAAUGUCAACAGAGAUUCACGUGAUAAAUGCAA